AUCUGUUUUGAACAAGAUUACAUAUUGGUAGUUUUCUUAGAAUUAGAAUUGGUGAUAAUAAAUCGUAAGUGAAGGGAAAUCGGAGGAGAAAGUGAAGUGUAAAGACUUCCCUGAGUCAUCUAGACCUACUGUACACAGCGCCCCGUCAGUUGGUGGUGUAAGGACUAAGGAGUUGCCAGUCACAUGGGCCCCAGCCAUCAUAAACCCCAUUUACCGAACCUCGGCCUAACCUCUCUAUUAAAUUUGAAAACCAACAGGAUUGAAACCCAUCAGGACUGGAACCCAGCAAGAUUGGAACUCGCGGUGGGAGUGUUGUAGACGUGAGGGGGACGACGCGUGGGCUGAUGAUGGGUGAGGAGUUGUCAGUGGAGGAGAGCAGGAGGGUAGGAGUGGCAGAGGGCGAGGCUCCUGCCCACGCCACCCAGUACUACGCCGCUCUGGCCGCAACGAUGGGAGCGCUGGCGUUAGGAUGUGUCAUAGGGUACUCCUCACCCGCCGGUCCAUACCUGCUGGCUCACACUACUGCGACGCCACAGCUGCUGACUAACCUUACUGAUGACUCACAGACGCAGGUCAGAGAGAGACUUCAGUUGAACCAGGAGGAGUAUAACUGGUUCUCGUCUUCACCUAACCUUGGAGCUGUGUGUGGCGGCCUGCUGGGAGGACCAGCCAUCAACAGUGUGGGCAGGAGAGCCACCAUGAUGACGUCAGCUGUUAUCUUCGUGUGUGGGUGGCUCAUGAUAGCUUUUACCAACAACUUAGGCGUGCUGGUGUGUGGUCGAGUGGUAACGGGGGUGAGCAUGGGCUUGACCAGCACUGCCGCCCCGCCCUAUAUUGGGGAAUUGGCUUCACCAGACAUCAGAGGCACUCUAGGUGGCGGGUUCCAGGUGAUGCUGACGACAGGGAUACUCUUCACCUUCGUGGUAGGGGAGGUGGUGAGCAGCUGGAGGUGGCUGGCGGCAUGGUGUGUGGUCCCUCCAACACUCUACUUCAUCCUGGUUUUCUUCGCUAAGGAGUCGCCCACCUUCCUCGUGGCUAAAGGGAGACAUAAAGAAGCGGCAGAAUCUUUACAGUAUUUCAGAGGCCAGCACUACAACAUCCAGCCAGAACUGGACAUGAUGCGAAAAACACAGGACGAGGCUAAGGAGACCAAGGCGUCCCUGAAGGACUUCGGGGCCUCCAACAUCCUCAAACCUCUCAUCAUCUCUCUGGCCCUUAUGGUCUUCCAGCAGUUCUCGGGUGUUCCAGCGGUCAUCUUCAACAUGUCAACAGUGUUUAAGGAGUCUGGGAGCGGGCUGUCCGAGGGGGUGAGCGCGGUGGUGGUGGGCGUGGUGCAGGUAGUGGCCACAGGUAGCGCCACUCUCCUAAUGGACAGGGCCGGCAGGAGGACACUACUGUUGCUCUCCGCCUCACUUAUGACUGUCUCCAUAGUGAGCCUGGGCAUAUACUUCUACGUGAGGGAGGCGGGCGCGACAAUGGGCUGGCUGCCACUCAUCUCACUCAUCGUGUUCAUCACCGCCUUCUCCCUCGGCUUCGGUCCUGUGCCCUGGGUCAUGAUGGGCGAGGUGUUCCCUGGCGGGGUGCGGGAGGUGACUGCCUGCCUGGCUGCUGCCAUCAACUGGACCUCCGCCUUCAUCAUUACCCUCAUCUUCCUGCCGAUACGGAACACCUUGGGAGACUACGGCGUUUACUGGCUCUUUGGCGUCGUCAACCUGUGUGCUCUCUUGUUCACCUUCCUGGUAGUGCCAGAGACCAAGGGCAAGACGUUGCAAGAAAUUACGGCAUAUUUCAGAAACUCCUCAAAUUCAACAAGAUUCUUUGUUAGAAAUUUAGAUAACAGAAGGACAAGAGAAGUCACCCCAGCGCCAGUGUGGCCAGGCGCUGACUGCAGGAGAGCGUAAUUAUACUGUAAUAUCUCAUAGGGAGAAGUAAAAAAAGGUUGAUCUUCGAGAAAUAAGGAAAUAGAUAAAUGAAAGACAAAUAUAUUAAACUGAAGUGUUAUUGUGUAUCAGAGUCUCCCAAGGCCGUUGCUCGACCUUCAGGACAUUGGGUGCUUAGCUCUGAGUUCUAUAAAACCACGAGCGCCAAAAGCGCGAGUUUUUUUAGGGUCCUGCCAUCUGAAGGCAGUUAAAAGAAGAAAUCAAACGGUCUAAAAUACAGCAAAAAUGUCUAUUAAAUUGGUUUUUUAGACUAUUCCUGGGAUGUGUAUAAUGGAAGUAGUAAGCCAACGUGUGUCAAGUUUGUGUAACUUGUGUAUAUGGUGAUCAAUGCUUGUGGAAUGAUAUUGUUCUGUUGGAGUGCCUAUGCGUGUGUGUGUGGUAUGUUAGCAGUGUAAUGGGACAUGUGAGCAUGCUCAUUGGGUGUUAACGUUGGUUAAUGCAUUAAAUGUUGCAAAAGUAAAA